UUGGGGUUUUAUACAUUCAUUCAUGAUUCCUAACAUACGCAGGGCAGCUCUCAGCUCAGCUGUGAGAGCAAAUUAAAAAUAAAAGCCAAACGAAUAAAUUCUCCUCCUUUUUAUUUUAUUUUGUUUGCAACUUGGGAGCUUUACUGACUAAUUAAUUACCCUUAUUGCUUCUCCUACAUUCUCGUUUCGCUCUCUUUUACUCCGCAUUGCUCCUCGCCUCCUCCUCUUCCUCCUCGUCUCUGUCUCUCACUCUUUUUUAUCUUCGCCGCGAUUAUAUUGUUCUUUCCUCGAGGAGUUUCUGAAUCAUGUCAAGGCCUGCUCAGCUUCCUCCUCGUUGCCCGAUUCCAAAGAAGCUAUCUUUGAAUCCGGUUGCAGAUACGUUUUACUCUUCUUCCUCACCUAUUGAAUCAUACAUUGGUCAAUACAAGUCUUCUUCUACUCAAGAUUCAAGGCUUGAGGAUCAACCUGCUUGGCUUGAUGAGUUGCUCUCUGAGAAAACUGAUGGGAUGAUGCUCACUGGAGGUGGAGGUCCCCUGCGCCGCUCUGCUAGCGACUCUGUUGUUCUUUUGGGAGACAUCUCAGCUAGCUUUUCUGGUUUUAACCAAAGUGAGGAUGAAGAAAGUUUGACUUCUGAAGCUUGUGGGGAGUUGGAGUCUGCUUGUGUAUAUGGUCCCAACUCGCCAAGAGCUAGGAACAACUCAAGCUUCUCUAACAACCCUAUUGCUUCCGCCUUUUCGGAUUAUGGUUCUCAGAAACCUCCUCAGAACUUGGAUGAUACAGUGAAAGGGAUAGAUUUUUCAUCUGUUGGUGACAAUGCUUGCAGUUCAAUGGGCAUACCAAAUGCUAAAAGGAACCCGGGACAGCGUUCGAGAGUUCGUAAGCUCCAGUACAUUGCUGAACUUGAAAGGACGGUAGCUAUGUUGCAGACAGUGGAAGCUGAUUUAUCAGUGAGAGUGGCUUCACUUCUUCAGACACGCGCAACGCUGUCCCUGGAGAAUAGCCAGUUGAAGCAGCAGAUGGCAAUACUAAAGCAGGACAAGCUCAUAAGGGAAGGUGAGUAUCAGUUACUGAAGAAGGAAGCUCAGAGAUUGAAAUGUGGACCGGGAUACUUAGGGAGCAAUAACAACAAUAACAGGCUGGUCAGAUCAUUUUCUGCUGGUUCAAAUGUAGCUCCAAGGACAGCUUCGUCCCACUUGGACUGGAAUUUGCUAGAUCUGACCAAACUCAAUCUCAACUGAAAGACAAAAACCCUCCACAAGAAUAAGUAGCUUAAAGGAAUUCAGGAGUUAACAGUUCUCUGUUUGAAAAAAAGGACAAAUCUUUGUCGAUUUGUAUAAAUAUGAUUUAGGAGUAUAAAAACAUUCCACUUAAAGCUUCCCCACAUUCUGAGUCGAAAGCAUGGGACGAAGUCUAUUUUAGCUAAAAUGUUCUGAUGUUACGUUUCUAGGGGAAACUAUAUGUAACGGUUCUGAUGUUGUAGUUCAUGAAGUAAUUGUGGUGGCUCUGAAUGAGUAUUCUUCAUUUUCUGGUGUU